GGGCAGGCGAGUUCAGCAGAACAAAUGAGAAGGAUGUGCUGCGCCCAGAGAUCGGGGGAAGGAGGCAGAUGCUCAGGGUGAGCUGCACAUAUAGUCCAUCACUGAAUGACAGCGAUUAUUGUGGCACAAGGUUCCUAUGUGCAUAAGGCCCUGUUCUUACCAAGUCUCACUGUGGUGUCGUUUUUAAAGUCAGCAUGCGCCUUCCUAGAAAACUGUGUGUAACCCUGGGGGUGACUGUGCCCCUGUCCCUUUUCUGCAUUCACAUCUUUACCAAGCCUGCCAGUGUGGUGAAUGUCUGGAACAGGGAAGCACCCAAGGAUCUGCUGGACCCCAGUGUUUUUCAGCCGUCUGAGAAACUGGCUCAUAUACCUUUCAAGUGGAAAGAAGAUGUACUGCAGUUGCUUCCAAGGAACAGUUGCAAAUGUGAGGCCGAAGCCACCCUGAACAUUCCUUUCAGACAGGAGCUCUUUGGAAAGCCCUACGCAGUAGAAUUUGCUUCAGCUUUCGAUCAAUCCGAGCUUGAUGAAACCAAAAAAAGGAGAGAGCAAGAAUUCAAGAAAUAUAAUAUGAGGUAUCACAAUCCAACAGACAGUCUUAUUAUUGCAAAGGCCAACUCUCCUCUGCAGUAUCCCACACAGGGGGUUGAAGUCCAUCCUCUGAAGACAAUAAUUAUACCAGGUCUCAAUAUCCAAGAUUACCUUAAAAAGAUUUACACGGUGAGCUUGUCAGCCACUAUGGGAACUUUUAACACCGCUGCUGAAGUUGAUGAAGUUACAGUUAAAGGAGCCGGAGAAGGGCACAUAACAUUAUCCAGCCCUAACAUGGACAACCUGAAUCGCCAACUUCAGUUUAUUUCAUAUACCAACACCAUUUUCAAUCCAAAUACAGCUGACAUUGUGAAAUUUCAGACAGAUGAACAUUCAGCCACUUUUUACAUCAAAAUUCACCAUCCUAGAAUUCCCAAGUUGUAUGACUCGGGAUCAAGUAAUUCCAAAUACAAUAUCAGCACCUUGGUCACCAUAGCUACAAAGACUUUCCUUCGCUACGACAAGCUACAGAAUUUAAUAGACAGCAUUAGAAAGUAUUACCCGACGGUCCUUAUCAUCAUUGCAGACGACAGCGAGAAACCGCAGAAAGUCGAGGGACCCUUUAUCGAGCAAUAUCUUAUGCCAUUUGGAAAGGGCUGGUUUGCCGGCAGGAAUUUAGCCAUCUCACAAGUCACCACAAAAUAUGUCUUGUGGGUUGAUGAUGAUUUUUUAUUCAGCCCCCGUACAAAAAUUGAGAAGCUUGUUGAAAUUUUGGAGAAAACAAUUCUGGAUUUGGUGGGUGGUGCUGUAAGAGAAAUCACAGGAUAUUAUACCACAUACCGCCAGAAGAUUAGUAUUUUUCCCGGAGGCAAGGAAGGUGACUGCCUGAUGACACAUCAAGGCUACCAUCAUGCCAUUGAAGGCUUCCCUAACUGUGUGGUCACCGAUGGAGUAAUAAACUUUUUCCUAGCGAGAACAGAAAAGGCUCUACAAGUUGGUUUUGACCCACGUUUGUCUAGAAUUGGACAUUUAGAAUUCUUCAUUGACGGGCUGGGGAUACUGCAUGUUGGUUCCUGUGAUGAUGUCGUCGUAGAUCAUGCCUCAAAAAUCCAUUUACCCUGGUCCAAGUCAGAAACAGAUAAAGAAUAUGCAAAGUUCCGGUACCCCAAAUCCUCGGAUAAUAGUGCAAAUGUGAAUCUUAAUUUGUAUUAUUUUAAAAACCGAUUCAAAUGCAUGACUGGAAACUGAUGGAUGAUGUCAAGCCAAAGUAAAGAAUGCGAGGUCCAAAAAUGAAAGCCAUGAAAAGGACCCCUCGCUUUCCAGUGCACAUCAGUGCUUAAUAUGGCAGGCAAGUCCUGUAAUAUGUUCUGCUGCUUGGUUGGGACAUGUUGCAAAAGCAUCUCUGUGACAACAAUAUUAUCAAUAUUAUCUAAAUUUAGAUCUCUCUAAAUCUUUGCCAUAAAGAAUUCUGCAAAGCUGUAUUAGCAGGACUAGUACUUGCAGAAAUAAUGGGACCAGUUCUAUGGUGUGUGUUUUUAAAAGCAUCUUGUUCUCUUCUACCCUAAUUAAAUGUUGUUUAUUUAAGUGUACCAAAGAUGGGCGGUGAAUGGAUUGUAAAACUUGUAAUGACAAUGCAACUGUUUGGUGAUGCAACUCCUAAAUAAACCUUGAGGGAAGAA